GUAAAGCCAUGUUGGCCAAUCAGAAGCCAUUUCAGAGUCUCACCUCGGCAGGAACAACUACUACAUGAUCACAGAGUUCAGUUUACGUCAACUUGUACUGCGUUUGCGUGCGGAUGAAAGGCCAAACCGGAAAAAAAAGACAGAUGGAGAGACAGUGGAGGACAUCACAGACAGACUCUUAAGACAUUUCCACUGAUUUGGUGUAAACUAUCCCUUUAAGAAUACAUCCAGUCUCACUGGGGAUUAUCAAUGAGAUUACCAUGGAAAAUAUGACGACCCAUUGGCUUAACUGUACCUCACUCAUAAUGCAGGCCGGAGAUCAUGUGUCCUGUGAAUAUGAAGCUGGAUGUUAUAUAUAUACAUAAAUAUAUACUGUAGGCGUAUGGACAAAUACUCAAAUGCAUGUCUACUAAUAGAGACGUACAAGACUAUAACUGUGUUUGGGUGUGGAUAUAGACACUGUCUUAAUAACUUUGCAGUUAUUCCAUUACUGAGCUGAAUUACAAGGGCUCAAAACAAAGCUGUAGUGACCAUGACAGCUGCUCACAGAGAGAAAGAAAGAGAGAGACUAAACCUUAACCAGAAAAGAAACUGUUACAGCUCAUAACUACACAUCGAUGAGGUUGAGAUAGACAAACAUCACUAGCCGUUGAAUCUGAGCUUAUAUCGUACAAAAAAUAACUCAACAGAAAGAUCAACAUAAACCACUUGUCAAUGUUUCUCCUGAGACAAAGCAUUGCAAAGCAGCAUGCAGCUGGCGAUGUAACAUCGAGAACCAACGGACGGAGGUCCAACCCAGAAGACUCAAGAAGGCUGGUGCGACGAAAAGCCAGCUGUGUGGAGAAUUUCUCCUCUGUCGACCGAAUUCGCAAACAUACAACCAGACACUUGGGUUACAGCACCCUCAGCCUGGCCAUGAAGGGUCUUGAAGAAACACCGGUGGAGUUGUGGGAACUCCAAGAACUUCAUAAACUCAAUUUGUCCCUAAACAGUUUGUCAGUUCUCCCAUCGGGCCUGGGAUCCCUUGAGAACCUAGAGGUCCUCAAUCUGUGGGGAAACAAACUGGUCAGUCUUCCUCCAGAGAUCGGAAAACUUCGGAACCUUCGCGUGCUAUUCGCGCACAGGAACCUCCUAAACGAAGUUCCCGAAGAGCUGGGCAACUGUACUAACCUGGAGGUCUUGAGUUUGGCCAAUAAUCAGAUGACGGGGCUUCCAAACAGCCUAUCCAACCUAAAGAAACUCACCAAACUCAACCUCGGCCACAACCGGAUCGAGCACAUCCCGGCGUGCGUGUACGCCAUGAAGAGCCUCGUCUUCCUACACCUGGCCAACAACCGUCUGGAGAACAUUGCUGAUAAGAUCCAGGACCUGGUCGACUUGAAGAUCCUGAUUUUAGAGCAGAAUUAUCUUCAUGCGCUUCCCAGGACAUUGUGCCGUCUGACGAGGCUGGAACUCUUGAACUUGGACUUCAAUGACCUGCAGAGCGUUCCUGAGGAGAUGUACCUGCUGAGAAACCUGGAGAAGCUCGCUCGCCACCCGCUUGAUAAGGGACUGCAUAUUGUGCACAACCCACUGGUAAAACCUAUUCAGGAAGUUUUACAAGGAGGUUUGAAAAGUCUGUAUAACUACCUCAAACCUACCUGAUGAUCUCAGUCUUCGAAUGAAAGAUUUAUUCAUUCUAAAGAAUAUUUUGUAAUCAAUUUAAAACAAAGUUGUAUUAUUAUAGAUGUGUACGCAUGAUCUUGCUUUAGCAUGCUACUGGCAUGCUAUAUUUAGUUACCAUUUCGCUACUACUUUUACUUUUAAAAUCCAUUUAUUUUUUAUUUUAAGUACGUCUAAUGUCUGCACCCUUACUGAGAAACUUUCUGGUAAUGUCAUCAUACUUUUUUUUU